GGUGUUUACAAUUGCAGUCGUGCUAAAUAUUUGAUACUUACACACAAUAAAACAUUACGUAUCUAAUUACACUUUUGGGAAUUAGUAUAAAAACAAAGGCACACUUUUUUGCGGAGUGCAGUGCAAAAUCGCAGCAUCAAAGAGCUACAAACAGUAGUCGAUUCAUUCACGCAGAAAACUUGACGCAUAAAUAAAUAAUUACAUAUUUACACAAAAUACUUCAUAACAAUUAGUCAGAAAUCCUUCUGAGUUUUGGUUUCGUUUGUGAUUUUCCAUUCGAUCGAGUCACACAAAAUAAGAGUCAGCCAUACACACACAAAAUCAGGAAUUUUACGUCAUCGUAUUUAACCAAAUCAGACUGGUUAAGGAGUAGGUCAUCAUCCUUGAAUACACAGAAUUUCUGAGUCAGAGACGCUCACAGACACGUGCCAGAUCUUCGUCAAUUAUUCAUCCAGCGUCUCGUUGGCAAGCAAAUUUCAGACCUGAAACUGAUAACUACUUUCGGAAAAUUUCUACUUUUUGACUCCAACCAAAUAACGAGAGAAGAAUUAGUUCUACAAAUUCCUGCAAGCUUCAAACUUGAAAUUUAUCACUUUUUUCGAAAAAUUUCUGCCUUUUUGAACUCCAAACGAAUGGAUAAGAUGGACACGUCGAAUGAGAUGAUGACAAUGGAUUCGAAUAAUAACAAUGGCGUCACAAAAAUCUGGUGCGAUGGGUGUUAUGAUAUCACGCAUUUUGGUCACUCAAACAAUUUACGCCAGGCGAAAGAGUUGGGCGACGUGCUUAUCGUCGGGGUCCACUCGGAUGCAGAAAUUGAGAAAAAUAAGGGAUCCCGACCCGUCUUCACGGAGGAGGAAAGAUACGCGCUUAUCCGAGGGAUCAAAUGGGUCGACCAAGUUAUCGAAAAUGCCCCUUACUGUACCACUCUUGAGACCCUGGAUAAGUACGAGUGUCAAUUCUGCGCACAUGGGAAUGACAUCACCACCACGGAUGCGGGGGUCGACACUUAUCAAAUGGUAAAAGAUGCUGGACGGUACAAAGAGGUCGAUCGGACACAAGGCGUCUCAACUACUGAUUUGGUAAAACGCAUCCUCAAAUCGGAUCCGACCAAAAAUUCGGAUAAUUCCACCGUCCCAGAGAUCAUCUCUCCCUACACGGGCAGCACCCAGUUCCUCGCCACGACGAGGAAGCUGAAGCAAUUCGCGGCCAUGAAGGAUCCCCCGCCCAAUGCACGCGUCGUCUAUGUCGCUGGAACCUUUGAUCUCUUUCACCCAGGACAUUUGGCAUUCCUCGAGGCAGCGAGGGCACUCGGCGAUUUCUUAAUCGUUGGACUCUACGAUGACACCAUUUCCGCCCGAACGAGCCCAACUGGCAUCCAAUUUCCCAUUAUGACCUUGUUGGAACGAGUCCAGAACAUUUUGGGGUAUCGCGUCGUGGACGAAGUCGUGAUCGGGGCACCCUUCACGAUUUCACGAGAUCUCCUGGACCACCUCCAAGUCGCCGUGGUGGCGCAUGGGAUCGAGACUCAGAUCCUGCCCGACCCCGAUACGCGAAAGGAUCCCUACGAGGUUCCUAAAAGUCUCGGAAUCUUCGCCGAAGUAGACUCCGGCUCGACCCUGGUCACUCGCGACUUGCUCGAUCGCGUCCUCGCCAAUCGGGCCGUGUACGAGAAACGAAACGCGGACAAGGAACGCAAAGAACUCGCCCGACUUCACGCAGAUCUUGGAAAACAAGAACAAAUCAUGGCAAACAUGCAGGCGGAAGAUUAAUUAGCAAGAAAAUUAACGUACAACUCUAAACAAAAAGAAGACACCGGUUUUUUCGCGUCGGAAAUCAAGAUUUUAAUCGAUACGUACUUAUCUAAACUAUGAAAAGUCUUACCUUAUAAUUAUCUACUUGAAUCCUUUAAGAAGUGUGAAUUUUAAGCUUACAUAAUUAUUUAUUGUACAUAAUAGGACUAAUUAAAUGCAAAUAUUUACGUGUAAUCAGAACUAUUAGACGAUGAAUAAAGAAAGGUGAGUAAGUUAAAGAAA